GCCACGAGUUUGAAAAAGUCUAUGUUUCCACUUUCCAGUUCCUCCCUGCGGCACGGAAGCAAGAUGUAACAUUUUCUGAGAGUCCCUUCGUCAUCAGAAUCCAUAAAAUCAUCCAAUCUCUAAGAUACUAUAUUAUAUACAACACCAAAUUAAUUAUAAAGAAAAAGCAAAUGGGCUCGAUCGCGCUUUCGCCAUGGGCUAAUGCUCUGGUUCUUCUCCAUCAUCGGCAUCAGGCGCCUUCUGUGCUUUCUUCCUACCGUGGCUGCCACGGAGGACCCUCGGCUCUCGCUGCUUCUCUCUCCGAACAACGUCGUUCCCAGCUCUCGAACCGCGUGUCAGGACUCCGAGGACCGGUGGUUACCGCUUUCGCCCGCGCUAGCGUCACAAACUCCGUACCGUCUAGAAGUGGAGCAUAUACAGUUGGUGAUUUUAUGACAAAGAGGGAGGAUUUACACGUUGUAAAUCCUACAACAACUGUUGAUGAAGCAUUGAAGGCUCUAGUGGAGAAGAGAAUAACUGGUUUUCCUGUGAUUGAUGAUGACUGGAUAUUGGUUGGUGUUGUUUCAGACUAUGACUUGUUAGCACUUGACUCAAUAUCAGGUGGCAGUCAAAGUGACACAAGUCUGUUCCCUGAUGUUGAUAGCACGUGGAAAGCAUUCAAUCAGAUACAGAACCUGCUCAGUAAAACUAAUGGCAAGGUUGUUGGCGACUUGAUGACACCUGCUCCGCUUAUUGUUCGUGAAUCCACCAAUCUGGAAGAUGCCGCUAGGUUGUUACUUGAAACAAAAUAUCGUCGACUGCCUGUAGUAGAUGGUGAUGGUAAGCUGGUUGGGCUAUUAACAAGGGGAAAUGUUGUUAGAGCUGCUCUUCAGAUGAAACGUGCCGGCUUAACGUCGGCAUAGUUUGGAUCUCUAUGAAAAGCUGACACAAUGCAUGCAUCAUGAAAAAAAUCACAUCACAGUGGUGCAGUCUCUUAUUCCAGGUUUGUUUGUUUGGGCCAAGUAUAUCGUUUGCGGGAAGGUUUAUAAUUGUUGUCCUAGUAAUUUUUGUUGCCAAGUAAAGCAUCAAGUGGUAAGGGAUCGAUUGAUUACUGCCCUUAGACCUUACACCUUUUUGUUAUAUGCUGGUUUAUAGCAAGCUUGUGUCUGUAAUUUUCAGUUAAUAUUCUUUUUAGUGAGUUGAGAAAUAUUGGCUAGGAUGAGAAUUGACUUGGGCUGCGGCCUAAUCUGACUUUUGUGUUGUAAUUAUUAUUUCUGUUAUAAAGUAAACUGUUACGAGAGUAUGUGCUCAGUUUGUU